AUGUUGGCCAAUUUGCCUCUUGGUCCGUACUUGAUCCCAUGUCUGCUCCUCGUUACUGUACUGGUGGGCGUUAUUAGCAGGCACAAGCCUGGGAAACCCCCAGAUCUUCCGUGGCUGAAUCACCAUGAAGGCGAGUGGUUCGGUAGAACGCGAGCGCGGUUUCGCACCGUUGGCAACUUUCGCGACUCAAUACACUCCGCCUAUACCAAGUACUCGAAAGCCGCACAAUCAUGCAUUGUCCCGUCUCUUGCAGACGAAGUCAUACUGCUCCCAGCACAAUGUAUCGACUGGCUCAUCGCGCAGCCUGAUUCGCUGGUGUCGAAUCUAGACGCUAUCAAGGACGUACUCCUGCCACAUUAUACGCUACUUCGCCCAGACAUCGUUCACAACCCCACCCAUCACCAGACUAUCCGCGGCCCAUUGACUCGCAACCUUGCUGGACUCGUACCCGAUAUCUUCGACGAAGUGGCGAGCGCUUUCGACGACUUGUGGGGCACUGACACAUCCGAGUGGAAGGAAAUCUGCCCGUACGAGUCAAUGCUGCGGAUCGUUGCACGAGGUAGCAAUCGGGUCUUUGUGGGGAAGUCGCUUUGUCGCGACCCGGAGUUGCUCGACAUCGCUGUCAAGUGGGCUCAGCUGAUGCCCAUGUCUGCCUCAAUCCUAAGACAGUUACCGCUAUUUUCGCGUCCCUUUCUGGCUCCGUUGAUCACUUUCUUCAACCACUGGUACGCUCGAAAGUUCAUCAAGAUCGUUAAGCCAGAGGUUAUACGGCGACAACAGCUGGCCCAGAGCCAGAAAGCCGACAAGCCAAACGAUCUAUUACAGUGGACCAUCGACCUAGCAGAGAGUUCAGCUCUUGUGUCCGAACGCGAUCCCGAGACGAUUGCUUUGCGCCUGCUAGUGAUCAACUUUGCAGCCAUCCACACAUCUACUUUUAGCGUCACGCAUGCUAUUUUCGACCUCGUCAGUUCUGACUCUUCGUAUCAGUUGCAGAUCCGGGAGGAAGUGCACGAAGCUCUCGCUGCUAAUAGCGGAAAGUGGGAUAAGGGCGUCCUUCAGCGGCUCGUUAAGCUUGACUCCAGCAUGCGUGAGUCCUCUCGGCUCGGCUCAUUUUUGAGUUUUGGCUUGUCACGCAAAGUCAUCGCGCCAGACGGCCUCAAGGCUCCCAACGGCACGCACUGUCCCCGUGGCUCGACCAUUGCCGUGCCUACCAACGGCAUCCACAAUGACGCUGGCAUCUACGAUGACGCCGCAGAGUACAAACCUUUCCGUUUCGCUGACCUACGAGAGUCGGCGCCUACACCGGACGACCAAGAAGCGGAAUCACCAUUAGAAAAGAACACUACUCAUCUCGUCAAGAACGCCAAUCUCUCAUUCGUGUCUCUCUCUCCUCAAUAUCAUCCAUUCGGUUACGGCAGACAUGCCUGUCCAGGCAGAUUCUUCGCCUCAAACGAGCUCAAGCUGCUGCUGGCAUAUAUGUUUGAUAACUACGAGAUCGAAAGUGACUCGGCGCGGCCAUCUCGUAAGUGGGUGGGAUCCACGCUCCUGCCGCCGAUGGUGGAGAAGGUGAAGGUGCGCAAAUUGGACAACGUUGCAGUUUAG